AUGCACUCCGCCGCAUGGACGACUGCGUUCACGUCCGGUAGCGCUGUUGCGCCUGCACAGUGCAUCCAGUGGUCCGAAGAGGGCCAGCUGCUUGUCGCAACUACCGAUGCACUGCAUAUAUUGACCCCACGCAUCGGGCUAUUCCCGGAACGCAACGGCACACUCGACCAUGCCGUCUACAGCCUGCAUGCACAUACGAGCACAGCGGCACACCCUAGAUACGAGCCAUCCCUAGACGAAGACCGCGCGACACUCGCACUACCGUACGAGGCAACCGAAGCGUGGCGCGCCGCGAAAUGGUCGCCCGCUGGUUUUGGGCCGCACGGCGCGUGCGUACUGGCGACCAUCGACGCGCGCCAACGACUCGCCGUGUACGCGGCGGAGCAGGAUACCGUGCGUGGGCCGUGGACAUGUGUAGAGACGGUGAAGGAUUUCCCAUAUGCGGCGCAGCGCACGGACGACGCACGCCGACUCGCAUCCUCGUUCCUUGCGCUGGACUGCUCCUCGUGUAUACACGGCGAAAUGCUCCUCGCGGCAGGCACGCGUGGCGGCGACCUGGUGGUUUGGUCGAAGCGCGGCACCGCGCCGUUAAACUUUGUCACGAGCCUGCGUUUUGACGCGCCCGUCGACGCCGUCCAGUGGGACGCGGCGCGGGAAAUUGCCGUGCAUGCCGGCGCGACGCUGUACGUGGUCCGCAUGGCGCACAGCACAGCGGACAUUGUGCAGCUAUGGCCGCUGGCGCCGCGCCCAAGCCUCGUGGCGUGGGAUCGUGCCGUGCUGCAUGCCGCGACGCCAAUGCGACUGCACACGUUUACCGAGCCAAGCGCCGUCGCACUGCCGAUGCGGUAUGUGGCAGGACAGCUUGGAAAGGAUGUAGUACUGGACGACGGCACCGUGUGUGCGUGGGACAACACGCAUCAUAAACCCUCGUUUGCCCCUGCACUGUGCGGCAUCGCGCCGUGGCAGGCGACGCCGCUGCUUGCCGUCCUGCGCCGUGAGACGGAGCGCGCGACAUGGCGCUACGCCGUCACACGGCGCACCGAGUACACGUUGUAUAUGCCGCUUGUGCACGGCUGGGACAUUAACGACGAUGCCGCCGCGUCCGUGUUCUGGGACCUCGUCCCCUCGUCGCUCGCUUCGCCGCCGUUGCUCGCAUGGCGAGCUGUACUGCUGGCUUGUGCGCUCUGUGGCUCGCCAGCGGCGCUGUCCGAGGCGCUCUGUGCGCGACUCCAUACAGAGUACUUGGUGCCGCUCGCAGCGCGACUUGAGCGGUGCUGGGAAGCGCGUGCGCCCAUGGAUGCUUGGCGUUCGCUCGUCCACGAUGCGCAGUCGCUGCGGUGGCUCGUCGACUGGAUCGACGCACAGCCAUACAUGCAAGGGAAGCGGAGCUUGUGUAGUGUACAUGCAUGGAGCGACGUCAUAGCUGCUGUCGUCGCCGCGCUCGCUGCGCCGGCGGACGAUGCAGCGUUCAAGGAACGGCUCGGUGCGCGGCUUAUGCUCCUGGCGCAAGCAAGCGACGAGCGGACGCGCACGAUCCUCGAGCAGGUAGCAAAGCGUACGACGAGCCGCACGCAGUGGGCAGAACCGAUCGCACUGGGAGAGACGUGUCCGGCGUGCGACGCGCCGCUCGCGUUUCAGCUCGCGCGCUAUACGCAGUGUGCAGCGGGCCAUGUCUUUGAGCGCUGCGUUGCGACCCAUGCCGUGAUCGACACGACCGAUACCCUGUCUUGUGUUGGGUGUGGGCGCAAUGCGCUGCGCGCAGCAUUGGAUGCGAUGCCGGGGCCGUUCCCAGCUGUGGAUGCGUGUGCGCAGUGCGGAAACCGAUACAGGGCACCGCGAUAG